AUGGCUGUACCCCAGAGCAUUCCUCCCCCAACAGCAUCCCCCAUCGAGGCUAAAGACCAAUUUUUCGCCCGCAGCAAGGCAUUCUGGGACAACUAUCUCCGAGGCCGCCCACAAGUCCCGCCGAGCUUCUUCCAACGCAUCUAUCGCUACCAUCGAGAUAACGGCGGGAGAUUUGGCACAGUGCAUGAUGUCGGCGCAGGAAUCGGCCCCUACGCAGAGGAGCUGCGGUCAAAGUUCCAGCACGUCAUUGUAUCCGACAUCGUGCCGAAAAACGUACAGCUGGCCGAGGAGCACCUCGGAGGAGACGGCUUCAGCUAUCGCGCGGCACCAGUCGAAGACGCAGACGACCUGCCGCCCGGAAGUGUAGAUCUGGUCUUUGCGACUAAUGUGAUGCACUUUCCGGACCAGCAAGCGGCAAUGCAGGCGAUUGCGACGCAGCUCCGGCCGGGAGGCACCUUUGCGUGCGCGGGUUUUGGUCCCGCGCGCUUUGACGACCCCGAUAUCCAGGAUGUCUGGGAGCGGAUCAGCCAGCAGGGCGGUCGAAUCCUCUUGGACAUGGCGGACCAUCCGCAAGAUACCGUUAACGUCAUGAGUCGCAGUUCGAACCAAUACAAUGUGGCUCCGCUGGAGCCGCGGUUGUUUCGACAAGGGGCGUUGCGUAUCCGGCUGAACAUGGCCCAGGGCGGUAUUACGGGCCUUCUACCGCCUGAGCGACAGCAUGAAGUGACGGAUCCUGACUUCUUGGGCACUACUGAUGUGGUCGUGUACGAAACGGAUGAUGAUUGGCGCUUUGAAACCGACUUUGAGGGUUUCCUGCAGCAUUUCCGUUCGUUUCCUCACGCAGGUAUCAAUCCAGAGGCGUUUACGGGACUGCUGCAGGAGCUAAAAGACCUCCUGAGCCAGGGGAGAUGUCUGCAUGGGUGUUGGCCGGCUACUUUGAUUCUCGCAACGCGGCGUUAG